GCCUCCCGGUCCCGCCCCUGUGCUCGCCACCGCCUCCAUUUUGUCGGUAAAGACAGAAGGAGAUCGGGUCGGAAGAAGAGAGGGUGGUCUGCAGUUGGCUUGUUGGUGGUGCUCGUGGGCUUUGUCUGAGCCGUGACUGUCGCUCCCUGGAAAGGAAGGGGAGCUUCGAAGUCGAGAGGGAGCCGCCGCUGCGGUCCGAGCUGAAGUCGCAAGGACUUCUCUCAAACUUGUGUGCUGAGGAGACUCAGAUGUUGACCUCAGCGUCUAGACUGAACUUAGCAGAUCAGCCCAUGAAAACUUCUGCAUUGAGACAAAGGAAAGGAUCCGCAAGAAAGCAGCACCUAUUAUCUUGGGCUUGGCAGCAAGGAAGAAGACAAGUAGUGGAAAUACUGCAAUCUGAAAAGCAGACUGAAAGGUGACAAAGAAGUUGAAGAUGGGCGGUGGAGAGAGGUAUAACAUGCCAGCUCCUCAAUCCAGAAAUGUUACUAAGAAUCAACAACAGCUUAAUAGACAGAAAACCAAGGAUCAGAAUUCCCAGAUGAAGAUUGUUCAUAAGAAAAAAGAGAGAGGACAUGCUUAUAGCUCCUCAGCAGCUGCGUGGCAGGCCAUGCAGAAUGGUGGGAAGAACAAGAAUUUCCCAAAUAAUCCGAAUUGGAACUCCAGUUUGUCAAGUCCCAGCUUGCUUUUUAAGUCUCAAGCUAAUCAGAACUAUGCUGGGGCCAAAUUUAGUGAGCCACCAUCACCAAGUGUUCUUCCCAAACCACCGAGCCACUGGGUUUCUGUUUCCUUUAACCCUUCAGAUAAGGAAAUAAUGACAUUUCAGCUUAAAACCUUACUUAAAGUGCAGGUAUAAAGAUGUCUAAGUUUAAUUAUAUUUACAGAUAGUGGUUAAUUGGUCUGAAAAAAAUUUACUAGAGAAUCUAAGAUUGAUGAUGUAAAGCUACAAUCAGACUUCAUCUCAUUUGUGUUGUGUGCACUGUGAUAUAGUAUCAGUGCAACUUUAAAACUAAUUGUACUUGAUAAUGGUCUCAAUUAGGUAACUUAAGUGAAAUGACUCAAAGUUUAGAUUUGAGGAAUCAACUUUUUAUUAUUUAGCAAGGGAAAACAGUAAUUUAAGACUCAUGGGCCAUAUUUACUUAACAGUGAUUCAGGCAGACACCUGAGAGUUUAAUGUCUUAGGAAUACUCAAACCAGUAACAUACCAACAACCUAAUAAUGCACUGUCAAAAGAAAAUGUGAAUUUUUCUUAAAUAGUUGUAUUUUCCUAAAUUGUACAGUGAUGAAUGUGUAAUUAGAAGAAAGCACAGUAAAUAAAUACCCUGGUUGCCCUUAGCAGGGGAAAAAAGUGCCAACAGGCAUCUGACAACAGAUGCAUUAAAAACUUUUUCUGCAUCAAACUUUCAAAAUACAUCUUUGUGUUACAACUUUGCACAAGCUAUUCUGAUAGUAUCUGGCCUCAUUCUUGGGAGAGUUUAAAGCGGGGAGUGAUACAAUGUGACAAUUUUAAGUACUUAGGGAAGAAGAGCCAUGUAAAUACAUGUAAUAAGCUUGUAGCAUAUGUACAGUUUUCUUGGCUUUUAUCCUGCAAGAAAUAUUUUGGUAUGAAUUUUCUGAAUGUAAGACCAUGGACUGUUAACACUAUGGCCUAGUUUUAGAGGUCCACAAUGCUUUUUAAAGUUUGCUCUUGUGCUAAAGUGCCAGUAUAUGUAUAUUAUAACUGAUUCGGUUGUAACUGUAUUUCAAAGUAAAUCUUAAUGUUUUAUAUUGCAACUAAAGUUUAAGCUGCUAAAACAUUCCUAUUUUUAAGAGAUGAAAAGUGCAGUACAAGAUUCUGCUACUAUUCAGUAUUUAAAUCCAAAGAUUAAUUCUGGCUUUUGUUAGAGGGAAGUGACUUUUGGUUUUUUGUCAUUAAAUCAACCCAAGGGACCAUCAUGCAAAAGAUGAUAUGUCUUGUGUGACAUUCAACAACCCCCAAUCCAAAAUACAGUGUUAAUCCAACCCAGUAGUGAGUUAGAAAAAACUUGCUUAUGCAGUUUUCUAAUGGCAUCACUUUUGAUGUUUAUAAACAGAAAAGUUAUAUUGCCCAAGUUAAAUACUGAAUAUUCUAAAGUUUAUGUAGGUCUUGAUGUAUUAUACAGUAUGAAUCUGAAACAUGAAAUUAAAAAAUAAAUUUUUUUUCUCCCUA